AUACUCAUGUUGGACUCAACCACCAUCUCAUAUAUGCUGUGGAUGUUCUAAACAGGUGGGUUGUCUUUAAAAGUAACACCUUAUGGAUUUAUUUUGAUUUUUUGAUUUGUGAACUUUUGGCAAAUGCAAACAUGUAUGUUGUAGAGACGCACCCCAUAUUCCCAAACAUGCCCUUUUACCCAAUGAGAAAACCAAGUUCAUUCACAAAUUCACUGUCAGCUGUGGCUUAUUGUCUCAGGCGUCCAAUGGGUGAGGAGAUAGUUAAGACUCCUGCCUCCAACUCAAAUUGAUUAGGAAAACCUGCGUGGGACAGGCCCAGAGUUGAGCUUUAGAAGCUGUUUUGUGAGGUGGGUGUUGGUGAGCUGCUGUUGUUGCCCCAUUUCAAUUGAUGGCCAUCACUCACUUGUAUCAAAGACGAUUGUGUACAUUCCUUUACAGGCUGAUGUGCACUAAGUGAGAAGGACACUGGGACUUUUAGGGUCUUGUGGCAACUAUUUACUCUUAAGUUUGGUGCUUUUUGUAAGGACAUAGGCUACUGGAAUGGAACUAUUUAUGUCCUUUUAUUGAUUAUCAAGCUGUAGGUUUUAUUGCCUGAAGUGUGAAGAGAUUUGUCCAGCAAGAUGACGGACCGAUCCCAGAGCCCGGCAGGCGCAGACUGCAACAGCCGAACCUACGAGGUCAACAGGGCCAUGUACCAUCAAGUCCCGGGCCUGGAUGGACUUGGUGGUGCGUCUUUACAGUUCGCGCACGGUAUGCUUCAGGACCCAAGCAUGCUUUUCAACAAAACCCAUUUCAGUGGAAUCAGCCCUGCGCCACCACAAAGUUUCUUCCCUUUUUCUGGGGUUGGAGGCGAUUUUAAGGCGAGUGAUUUGCAAGGUAGCGAUUUUACGCAGCCCAAACACUGGUACCCGUUUGCGGCACCCGAGUUCACCGGCCAGGUGGCUGGGGUCACCACAGCCACCCAGCCGGAAAACAUUAGCCCGCCUAUCGCUGAAACCAGGGAACAAAUCAAGAUGCACGCUCAGGUAAAAACCGAGAAGGAUGUUGAGGGCUACGCCAAUGAAGACAAGCCUCAAUCACAAUAUCAUCAUUCCGCGGGCGCAUCAUCUGUGGCCACCGGGGUGUAUUACUCCACACCCUGGAACCCGAACUUUUGGCACGGCCUGUCUCAUAUGACGCCCCCCGCUAAUAUUACUCAAGCUCCCCCGACUCCAACGGCAUCAUCUCCUUCUCUGUCUCCAUCUCCGCCUGGGAAUGACUUUAGUAGCCCGGGAUUUUUCAGCGGAGGCCCUACGCAAAACAUCCCCACGGGUCAGGCUCAAACCACCGCUAGGAGCAGCGGCUCCUCCAGUGGAGGGUGCAGUGAUUCUGAGGAGGAGGAGAACCUGACCACAGAAGACUUGGAGCAGUUUGCUAAAGAGUUAAAACACAAGCGCAUCACGUUGGGCUUCACACAGGCGGACGUGGGACUCGCUUUGGGAAACUUGUAUGGAAAAAUGUUCAGUCAGACAACUAUCUGCCGCUUUGAGGCUCUCCAACUGAGUUUCAAGAAUAUGUGCAAACUGAAGCCACUGCUGCAGAGAUGGCUGAACGAGGCAGAGAAUUCUGAAAAUCCCCAGGAUAUGUACAAGAUUGAGCGGGUUUUUGUUGACACAAGGAAAAGAAAGAGGAGAACCAGUUUGGAAGGCACUGUUCGUUCUGCUCUGGAGUCGUACUUUGUGAAGUGCCCCAAGCCCAACACUCUGGAGAUAACGCACAUAUCUGACGAUCUAGGCCUAGAGAGAGAUGUAGUACGUGUGUGGUUCUGCAAUCGCAGACAAAAGGGGAAGCGCCUAGCAUUGCCCUAUGAUGACGAAUGUAUCGAAAGUCCGUAUUAUGAGCAGAGCCCACCACCUCCACCCCACAUGGUUGGCACAGGCCUCCCAGGGCAAGGCUAUCCUGGACCAGCCCAUCCUGGAUUAGCCCCUGCCCUAUACAUGCCACCCCUCCACCGAUCAGAGGUCUUUAAAAAUGCCCUGCACUCUGGACUGGUGGGUCACCUCACCAGCUAAUCUGACCAGCUGCCACUCUCUGCAUCCCUGCCAGUCCAACAGCUUGGCAGAAAACCUGUGGCACAAAUUCACUGGGUCAGAGAGGGAAUAUAACUUACAGGUGCCUGAUGAAGUUGAAUUUGUUUAUAGAAGUGAUCUGAGCCAAGCUGUGGAUCAAACCAGUCAUAUGAUUUUAAUGUUUAUGUAACAUUGCAUCUAGCUGUCUCUGUUCUUCCAUAAUGUGCCUUGGGAGACUAAUUGUCAUUGGUGAUCAUUUGAAUAAUGGAUGUUUGUUGAACUAAUGCAUUUGCACAUGAAAUCAUAGGUUCAAAAAUGAUUUUAUAGUAGUUUUAAUGACUUGUUACUCUUUUGCUCAUGUUCUAGUUUUAAUGUACAUAUGUUUGUCUCUAUAGUUCAAUAUUUCCCAAGUUAUUUUAUAUGCUCCCAUUCUUUGUAACUGCUCAAAUCACCUUUUUGUUGUGAACUGGAAGCAAAUUCAAGGUUUCAUGUAUUCUGUCUAAGCCAAGUUUGAAUUGCCAAUUACCUAAUCUUUAAAGUUUUUUUUUUUUUUUUAAUCGUUUGGAGGAAACCUUUUUCAGAUGGCCCACAAAGAACAUCAGUCAUUGUUCUUUUCUCUAAGUGCUGCACUGUCCUCCCAUCUACAAUUAAUAUUAUACUUUAUUUUUUAUCAGGGUGAUGUAGAUAAAAUUUGCUGCCAGUUAAGUUCAGUUUGAAAGCCUCUUUGGAGGUUAUGUGCCUUAUCUUUCUGAUCUUUCGGUGUCUAAUUCAUGCUCCCAUCCCUAUGCAAUGUAAAUGAAAGCCAUGUUUGAUAAUUUAUUGAGAUGCUGCUCUUUCUUGCAACCAACACGUCCAGUAUCUGUGUAGCUAUUAAACCAUUCCAUUGUCCAUCACUUCAAAUCUUGUUUUGGCCUCCUUUGAACUGGUGCAAUUAAACAAUGUUUUAUUUUUUUUUUUUUUUUUUUUUUUUUUUUUGUCUUUAAAAAAAGAAAUUUCACAUCCUUCAAGGUCUCUAUUAUAGAGGACUUAUACAAGCUUGUUGUUGGGGAGGAAAUGGGUUUUGCACAUUAUGGUUUCAGUUUGGCACAAGGGCCUCAGCUACAUAGAUUUGAACUCUAAAACCGGUUUCUUUGCAUGCACAGGUGCACACCACUGCUCCAUGCUUUAAAUAUAUUCUAUAAUAAAAAUAGAUCUGCUCAAACUCCCUUUUGAGGCAAGUAAGUUCAUUUGGUGGCCAUUUUGGGAACACUCCUGGGCAGCUAUUUUCUUAUAGCUACAGCUCCCAUCUACUUGAAUGGGGAAAGACCGAAAUCUCAAACGGUAAAGAUUAUGUUCAAAGAACAUUUAAAAUCAGCACUAAAAUCUGACAACAACUGUAUCAUAAAUUGUGCUGCUUUAGCUCCGAUCAGGCAAAAAAAAAAAAAAAAUUCAAGUUGUUCCAGAUAAAGAGUGUGCACGUUCUUGAGUUCACUGACAGACAUUGUAUCUAAAAGGUAAUUGGCUAUUUUACCUGUAAGGUGGGAUUUUGUUUUCUACACCCAUCAUAUUGGGUGUUCCAGUUUCUCUCAUUUUAAUAAAAGUAGUACAUUUUAGGCUUAAUAGUCUCUGGUCCUGCUGCUGAAUUCUAAACAAAACCACAACCUGUAAAGUGCAGACUGAAAAAUGUUAAAGGUGUUUUUUUUUUUUUUUCCUAUUCCAGUGCGGAGAUGGCUGAAAGUAAGCCAUUUGUAUGUUGAUUUCCCCUUAAAGUGUAAACACUGCAGCUCUGUGGCACUUUCAAAACAUUGGGUGUUUCUCAAUGUGUGUUCUUAAGUGUUCUCAUGGACUCGUUCAAUUCCAAUACUCAAGAACGCAAGUACAGAGAAUGUAUAAAAUUACCAAGAUGUGUUCUUGAUCAUGCUGAAUAUCGAGUAUGCAUUGCAUGAUGACUUGAGGGCAAGAACCCAUUUGAAGUCCUAGAAAUCAUAGUGGCAC